AUGGCAUAUAAAGGCUCCAAAGCAAUUGAGAGAGAGCUCAUUGGCAUUCUCAACUCACCGCAAAAUCAAAACAAAUGUGGCGAGUGUGGGACUGCAUUUCCUUCGUGGUGUUCCGUUAGUUUGGGUGUGUUUCUUUGUGGAAGAUGCGCAUCUGUGCAUAGAAAACUGCUGAGUCAACGGGAUGAUAGCUCGUAUUCAGACGUGAGAUCCCUCACAAUGGACCGGUGGACAAAUUCGGACCUGGACGACCUCAGCCAUACGGGAGGCAAUAAGCGAAACAAGCACGUCUGGAACGCUAAAAACGAGCCUUUCCCCUUUGAUGGGGAUGAGGACAAGUCUGUGGUGGAGAAAUACAUUCGGGAUAAGUACGUUCUAGGCAAGUUUCGCAACGACAGCAACAGCUAUAAUUCCGAAGACGAUACCAGGCGGUCUGAUUCGAGGUCGAGGUCCGGGACGUCCAGAAGUGGUUCGAGUCAAAAGAGUUACGGAAACAGACCCUCCACUCAGUCCAGUGCUCCGGCUAAAUCCAGCAACCCGCCGCUGCCACGAAGACCCGCUUCGAACGCUGGACCUAGACAUGCCGUUUUCGACGGCCUUGAAAACUCCACUACGGGAGUGCAGUCUUCUGGAACUGCCGAAAACUACCCGCAACAAUACCUUGAUCCCGCCACAGGUCUCAUUUAUGUGAGCCAGCCGCAACAACAGCAGGGUGUGUACGAUGCACAAGCACAGCAGCAAGCACUUUACCAACAGCAGCUUCAGCAACAGGCGCUGUACGAGCAGCAGGCUUUCCAACAGCAACAGAUGCUACUUCAACAGCAACAGCAGCAACAGCAACUACAAUCCCAAGCCAACAAAAAUGCCUUACUUUCGCUGUACCAGCGGCCCGAUCUUUACACCAGUGCUGUCGAAAUCACACCGUCGAACCCCCAGUACAAUCAACUACAGCAAAUGCAACAGCAACAGCAACAGCAAAUACAACAACAACAGCAACAGCAGCAGCAACUACUACAACAACAACAGCUUCAAUUGCAACAACAGCUUCAACUACAACAGCAGGGCGUGUCGGGAUUAUACUACGGGAUUUAG